AUGAAGAAGAACAAUUUUAAAAACAGUAAUGGCGGUAAAGAUGAUGAUGCGGAAAAGGAGAAGACCGAAUACGAUUACUGCAAGAUUUGCAGGCUGAAUCACAACCAAGGCCGUCGCCAUAACUUUUUCCCUAACCACAAGAAAGCUCUUUCCUCUUUCCUCUCUCGGUUCCAAUCCAAACUAAAGAACGACGUCGUUGUUCACCUCAAAAGCCCCACUCCAGUUGGCCCCGGGAACCAGCUCAAUCGCGAUGAUAACCGCCUUUGGUGCGUCUUCUGCGACUGCGAUGUUGUCAAAUCCGACGGCUCCUUUACAUGUGGUAAUGCAAUUGAACAUUUGGCGAGUGUAGAGCAUCUGAAGCAACUGAAGGGUUUCUUGUGGAAAUAUGGAGGUGGAAUGGACCGGGUGGAUUCCUUUCGAAUUUCAGAAUCUGAUUUUGCUAAGUGGCAGAAAAAGUGCAAGCUUUUGAAGACUGAAGCUGCCAAUGAAGGAUCAAGGGGAUCUUCUGCUGGACAUGCAAAUGAUAUCCAAACUCAAAUGAAAUCUGACUGUGUUGAAAGAUUUAAAAAUAAGAAUAGUUUAUAUUCCCUUAAUUGUGGCAAUAAAUCUCCAAAUGGUGUUUUACCUUUACAAAAUCAUACGAAUGAAAGAUCUCAGGUUUUACAUCCAGAUAUGUCUACAGUUACAGUUUGUGGACCUCAAGGACAUCAUGCCUGCAUGACGACAGGUGGUGUUGUAGGUCCUUCAGCUCCAAUGAGUUUUUCAGGUUCUUUUGGUGAUCUUCAUGGCAACUUUCCUAAAAAGGAGCAUCAAACUGACAGAGCUCCAGUGAUUGGCAGUAUGCAUCCUUAUGGAAGAAUUGCCUCAGGAGACACAAAUUCUCAACAUAGUUCAACUGUUUCUGCUUCAGCUCAACCUGAUAGUGGAGGAAAUGUUCAUACUGGAGCGCCUCCUCCUUGGCUCAGUGCCUCUGAAAGUAUCCAGCUGGAUGAUAAAUCAAAUUCAGGAUUUCCUCAUCAUGAUGUGAAGAUUGCCAAGUCCUCGAAAUUAAAUCCUAAACGUGUUGGAGCUGCUUGGGCAGAGAGAAGGAAGAUUGAGCUGGAAUUGCAGAAAAGAGGAGCGCUUGUUAAUAGCAGUACUGAUGCUAAUUGGCUCCCCAAUUUUGGUAGAGUUUGGCAGUCUGGCAGUAGAAAGGAAUCCAGGAAAGAAUUUAUGGGAGAGAUUUCUCAUAAAGUUGAUGAUCAGAUGGAUAAUGUCAAUCAGUUACAGCCUUAUGUCAGCAAAAGAAUGGCUAGUUUGCCCAUGGCCGGUGGGAGGGAAUCUGGACUAGAACUAACGGGAGAGAACGAGAUAUCAUGCAAACUUGAAGAUCACCUGGAAACUGCAAGUCAGUUACAGCCUUAUGUCAGCAAAAGAAUGGCCAGUUUGCCCUUGGCCAGUGGCAAGGAAUCUGGACUAGAACUAAUGGGAGAGAACGAGAUAUCACGCAAACUUGAUGAUCAUCUGAAAAAUGCAAGUCAAAUACAGCCUUAUGUCAGCAAGAGAAUGUUAAAACAGAGAGAGCCGGAGGAAAAAAUAUUCUGCUGCAGUUGUGUAGGAAGUCUUCUUCGGAAAACAACGUUAAGUAAAGGAGGAAAAAGAAAAGGAAAAAAAAAAAAAGGAAGGAAAACGCAAUAUAGACUUCAAGUCUUCAACCCCACACGAAAAGAAAAACCUCCCCGGAAAAAGGUGGGCCGUGUCUCAGAACGCCGCCCAGUCAUGUCACUCUCCGCCGCGGUUCAAAACACCCUUUUCAAACAAAAACACGGCGGCGGCCUCCUCUCCGGUUCCGCCUCCACCGCCGUCAUCAAGCACCGCUUCAUCUCCUUCCUAAUUUGGCAAUCCAUACUCUCCACCUUCUUACUAUUCUUCACUAAAUCCCUCCUCCUCCUCCCCUUCAGCUGCAAAUCCCCAUCCAUCUUUCUCUCUUUCCUCGCCUUCCUAUCCUUCCACGCUUCCCUUAUUUUCUUCUCCACCUUUCUGUUCCUCGUCUCCUCCCCUCAGCCUCACAAGCCGGCUUCCCCGCUCGACCUCCUCCUCCGCUUGGCUCGGCUCGUAUUUCUUCCGACCACGAGUAGCAAUUUCUCGGCUGAGGAAUGGCGCUCGAUGACGCUUUCGUUGACUUUCUCGCUGUUUGUAGCCGCUUCGGCUCUGUCCGCAUCUGUUUCGUUGAGCUCUAUGUGUUGGACCUGUGGCGUGUUUGGUCAAACGCGGCCGUGGAGCGUGCUCGGUGAAACUCUAGGGUUUAGAGGGUUUUUGGUGGGUUUGUUCUAUGGAGUGCUCUAUGUGUAUAAACAAAGAUGGGUUUUGCAAUUCCCUAUCAUCCAGUAUCCUUUAUUCUUCAGUUUUAAGAUGGGGCUCCCUUCUGCCGUGGUCCGAGCGUUGAAAUUGUCAGCUGCUGGUUACGUCUUCUCAUUGUCAGUGGUCUUUUUCUUGCAUGACGAGCAUGAAGGCAAGUUGACCUUGGGGAAUCAUGUUGUGCAGCAGAUUAUCUUCUACUUUGGGAGCUUCGUGGUCUUUCUGUGCUUUGAAUUAAGUCAUCACUUGCAUCAGGUAUUGCAUACAAAGAGGUAUACAUUUGCACCUCCAAAAGGAUCAGCAGCAGCUGAAACGAAUCCUAGUGAGUUCCUUUUAUCUGCAUUGGAGGAGAGUACUCCGAAAUCUCUUUUGCAGUAUCUCGCUUAUCUGGAUCUCUGCAUGGUUUGUGAAAAGAAUGUUGAUACCUGGCGCCGAGCUGCUUUUUUUGAAGAAACUACUGAGACAUACAAGAGAGUUAUCACAGUAUGCUUAAGACCUGUUGAGCAACUUAGCUUGAAACUGAGUGAAAGCCUGGAGAGCUCUUCCAUUCAGAAGUCCACCCAACUAUCUCAUCAGUUGCACUCUCCGAGUGACAAACUUGCUGAUUCAAGAGUACGUGAAGUUCUUAAUGACUUUCAGCUUUGUGCCUGGUGUGCUCGGAUUGUUGCUUCAUUAACUGCAAUCUCCCGCAAAGAAGACAGAUUUGGAGUUGCUCAACUCUCUGGUAGCAAUGCUGCUGUUAUUUCAACUCUGCUGUCCGCACUGCUAUCAGUUGAAACUUUACUGGGAAAGAAGACCAACUUACAAUCAACCAAUCUGAUUGGUGCCGCUGGAAUAAAGUGGGCACCAAUGGGAACAGGGAGCAGAGAUUCAGCUGGUGGGCUUAGUGAGAAGAGAAGAGGUAGUCCUAUGUACAUCAAGGCUUAUGCAAUGGCUGAUAUACUGAGGACUUCAUUGUACUCUAUUGUUUCUGCGUUUCAUGAUGAGAUGCUGGAUAGUGUGAAAGUAGGAAAUCUGGAGAAAGACUGGAUAUCCAGUAAUAAGGUUCUAUAUGGCACAGGGGAACUGCUUUCUCAGAAGUUACGUCUAUUUUUGGAUUUCCGAGCAUGAUAAUGGAUGCUGCUGUAAUGUGUUUGACCAGUUUUGAAGAGGUUUUUCCUGCCUGAGUCGUUUAAUGUGGAGUUUUUCAUCGGAAGGUGUUUGAACUUCUCAAACCAAUCUGCUUAGGACAACAUGAAGCUUACAGCCUUAUGCUGGAUGGGAAAUUAAAAAUACCCGGAGGUUUCUCUUGUAAAGAUGUACUUGGGUAUGUAUUGAGUUGAUGAAUUUGAGUAAUGGCUUUUCGCGGUGAAACUAGAUUAUUUCCAGUGAGACGUUACUAGUGCACCGAGGAACCUGGAGCUAUGUGUUCGUUCGAGUUUUGCUGAUGGCGAAAUAUCUUACAUGUGUAAACCGUACUGGAAAUCUUUUGCUUGGCAUUGUAUCCUAUGCUUUCGAUCUUAUGUGUUAUACAAUAGCCAACUUCGAGAAGUGAAAGGAGACUCUUGAGUUAAAAAAUGUAUAGUUAUUAUACAGACCAAAAUAGAAAGAGUUUAGGUUUUCUUUUCAACCCCAAACUAUAAUUUAAAAAAUAUGGAUUAACGGGUAUUUUUUACGGUUUAAGCAAAAUUGAUGAUAGCGUUUGUAUUAUGAAUAUGGGGAUAUAUAGUAGUGUUAAUAAAAAUCGGAG